AUGCUCCCUUACGCAACGGCGUCCGACGCGGAGGCGGCGCUGAGGCGCGCCAUGACGCGCGCCGAGGCAGCGUGGUUCCGGUACACGGCGGCGAAGGCGGACUACUACCUUUACUACCACACUGUCGCCGUCCUCCUUGCCGUCUACACCCUGCUGCCGCUCAUGCUCGCGCUUCUCGAGCUCGGCGCGCCGGCCGUCGCCCUGCGGUACAAGCUGCAGCCCCGGGGCGCGCGGCUGUCGCCGGCCGGCUUCCUCCGCUGCUACACGGACACCGCGCGCUUCUUGCUCCCCCUCGCCGCCCCUGUCCAGCUGCUGUCCUAUCCUGCGGUCAAGAUGUUGGGGAUCCGGAUGGGGCUGCCGCUGCCGUCGGCGGGGGAGAUGGCGGCGCAGCUGCUCAUGUACCUGCUUGUGGAGGACUAUCUCAGCUACUGGGCCCACCGGCUGAUGCACACCAAGUGGUGCUACGACAACAUCCACCACGUCCACCAUGAGUACACUGCACCCAACGGCUUCGUCGCGCCAUACAUGCACUGGACCGAGGUGCUCAUCCUCACCGUCCCCACCGUCGUCGGCCCGGUGAUCGCGCCUUGCCACAUGAUCACCUUCGGCAUCUGGUUUGUGAUAGUGGCUAUUUCGGCCAUCGAGACCCACUGCGGGUACAACUUCCCGUUCAACCCGACAAAGCUUAUCCCGUUCUGGGGAGGAGCAGAGUUCCACGACUACCACCACUACUUGGGAGGGAACUGCCAGAGCAACUUUGCAACUGUGUUCACGUAUUGCGAUUAUCUGUACGGGACAAAUAACGCCUUCAGACGCCACAAGGCAGGCCAAGCAAAGCUGAAGAUGGUGUCGGAAAAGAAUGUUGAGAAAUGA